UUUUUCUUCUUCUUCUUCUUCUUUUGUGGAGGUCCAUUAUAUCUCACCUGCUGGUUCUAUAUCUCUACUCGCUGCAUACAAAGAGAAGGUCCAAUCUCUCUUUACUUUGUUCCUUAAAACACUUGUUUCAAUUCUUUGUCAAAUACCCAUUUCAGUUUACACAAUAUUUUCAUUUUAAAAGGUUAAAAACAUUUUCUUUUUAAAUUUGAUCAACGAGUUUUAGUCCACCCAGUUUCAAAGAUCCAACAUUUUUCACUUGGUUCAAAAGGGUAUAAGGUUGAAGAAGGAAGAAAUUUUGGGCAGUGUACUUGGUGGUGGUGUUGGGGUGGGGAGGAGAGCUCAGAUCUAAAAUCAUAAACAGUUAAUUAUGUCUUUCCUUGGAACCCAACAGAAAUGCAAGGCUUGUGAUAAGACAGUUUAUCCAGUGGAGCAGCUAUCUGCAGAUGGUGUUUCUUACCACAAGUCAUGCUUCAAGUGCACCCACUGCAAAGGGACUUUAAAGCUGAGCAACUAUUCCUCCAUGGAAGGUGUUCUGUACUGCAAGCCUCAUUUUGAGCAACUCUUCAAGGAAACUGGCAAUUUCAACAAGAACUUUCAGUCACCUGCAAAGUCAGCUGAGAAGUUAACUCCAGAGCUGACUAGAUCACCUAGCAAAGCUGCCAGCAUGUUCUCUGGAACACAAGAGAAAUGUGCCACUUGUGGUAAAACCGCCUAUCCACUGGAGAAGGUGACAGUGGAGAGCCUUAGUUAUCACAAGUCUUGCUUCAAGUGCUCUCAUGGUGGCUGCGCCCUUUCACCAUCAAACUAUGCAGCUUUGGAAGGAAUUCUGUACUGCAAACACCAUUUCUCUCAGCUCUUCAAGGAGAAGGGAAACUACAACCAUCUGAUCAAGUCUGCAUCGAUUAAACGGGCUGCCGCUGCAGCCUCCGUUCCAGAAGCAGAAGCAGAAGCAUAAGCUCAUGAAAGAAAAAGAAAAAACGAAUAAUAAAAGAAAAGAAAAAAAAGAAACAACAAAAGAGAACUUGUGGUGUGGUUACAAUGACUUUCUUUCUAUCGAUUUGAGAGUGUUUUCAUUUUAUUUUAUUCAUCUCAACAUUAUGAUGCUCUAUUUUUACAUGAUGGAAUGUAGGAGUGGCAAAACUUGGCUCUUCUCUUUUUGUCAUGUAUGGCUAAAGGGGUCUCACAAGUGUUGGGUUGUGGUGUUUUUUUGAUGUUGUUGUAUGGAAAUGGGAUGUUGAAAUCCAACGGUUGUAAAAUGACAAUUCAGGACCUGAGAUGCAAGUCGUGUUGCCUUUUUCAUAAA